CGCUGCUAUGUUUUCCGCACAAAAUGUUACACUGCGCUACCUGAAAGGCAUUUGCGGCGUAUGAAUACACUCUGGUCAUCUCCGAUGUAGAAAUUAACUGGACGGGUCUGGAGGCGGAGGAAGCAUCAUCUGCCUCCCGCAUUGCCGACUAUACUGCGGUGUAUUUCAACAGAACUAUAUCACGAACGACCCGGAACAUCGCCUGGGUCCUUUUCCUCGAUGCCAUGGUUAUCUUAUCCCAGAGUCUCCAAAAGCAAAUGCCGGUUCUCGAUUAUUUAACUCCGUCUUCCUUUAUUCGGCGCACCAUGGGAAAGUCGUACACUCUCCCGUCCAGAAAGGUGGAGCUAAAAGCGGAUGGUCUGACUGUCUUCCCCACACCCAUUAAGCGCCUUAACAAGUUCAGCGGCCAGUUCAAAGAAGCCGCUCAGUAUGAUUUCGAUGAUGACGAGUUUCGCAUAACGGAUUACGGCUUAUGGUAUGGGCCGUAUGGCAAUCGCAGUUUUCCCCCUGAUGAACCCUUCUGCGGGUUUGAUGGGUCGAAAUGCCCAACAAGCACGGUCGCAAAUUACGAAAUCGCCAUUCCGCUUGCCGCGGUGGCUGUGUCAAUUUGUGUAGGAGCAUUACUGUUUGGAGUUCGCCUGAAGAGAGCAGCUGAGAAACGGUUGUUUCUACAACUGUUCAAGGGGGACAUCAAAAUGAGCAGCGUCAUUUUAACCACCGAGGAGCUAAAAAAUUACCAAUAUCACGAUAGCAGCCCGACAGCCGUAACCGGCAUUAAGCUGCCACUCAAUGUUAGCACGCGACUGCUGUGGAAAAACGUCAGAUUCCGCAGAACGUCUCUCGAGAUCACGAAGUUACACCAUCCAAAUAUUGCCACAUUUUACGGAAUUUCUACUGUAAAGGACACAUUUUCGUUAACCUGGGAAUGUAGUCAUAAAGGCAGUCUUGGGCAGACACUGAGCGAUCGAAGCGCUUUACGGGAUGAAAUUAUUCGGCUGUCGCUGCUCUGCGAUCUGCUUCAGGGCAUAUCGUACGUUCACGAUUCACCUCUUCAGUAUCACGGCAGUUUCGAUCCCGACGUAUGCUUUAUCGACAAUCGAUACAACAUCAAAAUAAUGCAGACAGGAUGUAGCCAGUUACUGGAUUCAUUAAGCACAACCAAAUCGGGGCAAUCUAUAGCACAUCACAGGUUACAGGACAUCGCUGGAUUUGGAGAAAUCAGCCAAAUGUUCCUGGCGUAUAGUAAAGAUGAUUCAAUGUCUUCUGAUAAGACAGCGGUGUGGGCAGCUUUGACGUACAGCUGUUUGUCAGCCGAUCUAGCCAAACGACCAUCCAUCACCACUCUAAAGAAACAGUUCGUCCAGUUCGGCUUGCCUAAUAAUGUUGUGGAGUACGUAAUUAAAGUUAUGGGAAAGCAGACCAACGAGCUGGAGUCGCGUGUCCGGGAAAGAACGGAAGAAUUAGUAGAAGAAGCAGGCAAAGUCGAUGACAUUCUGAUGGAGAUGCUGCCGAGAACCGUCAUAAUUAAAUUGCGCAAUAAAGAAGUAAUCGUGCCGGAAAGCUUCGAAAGCGCUACCAUCUUAUUUAGUGACAUACCGGAAUUCACCGAGCUGGUCAUGCACUGUACACCACUGGAAGCCAUUACAUUGCUGAAUGCCACACAUUCUGGUUUUGACCAGGCUAUUGGCCAGUACGACUGCUACAAAGUGGAAACGAUCAAUGAUUCCUAUAUGAUUGCUAGCGGCGUACCAAUACGAAACGGCACUCUACACGCUGCUGAAAUCUGCCUCUUGGCUUUGCAUCUCUCUGUGUUGUCAAAAGCGUUCUCUGUACCUUUUCGAAAAGGUCAGCAUCUAGUCAUAAGGAUUGGCAUCAAUGCCGGCCCGGUAGUUGCGGGAGUGAUUGGGCUGCGAAUGCCUCGAUACUGUUUAUUCGGUGAUACAGUCAACUGCGCGAGCAGAAUGGAGUCGAGUGGAUCUGCCGGCAAGAUCCAUAUCAGCCACGAUGUGGAGUGUUUGGUUCGAUCAGAUGGACGGUUCGCUGUUGUACCACGGGGGAAGGUUGCGGGAAAGGGCGAAAUGGAGACUUUCUGGUUGGAAGCAAAACAUUAG